UCACACGAGUACCAAGGAUGGUCCUCCAUCACCAACCCGGUCGUUCCCUCACAAAAUGAGGUCUUGGACACCCUCUUGCGGCACAAGGGGGACCCCGCAUCGGCAUUGAGGUUCUUCAAAGGCGUAGAGAGACAACGAGGGUUCGUGAAAACCGCUGAUGUUUUAUGCUUGUUGCUUCAGAUCCUUGCCUCGUGCCCCAACACUCACGGAGAUGUCAAGUAUUUGCUCAAUAGCUAUGUCUUUGGAGAUUCAGCCCUUGUUGCGAAGGUUAUGGUGGAAAUGUUAGUGGAGUGUGCGGGAAGGUACGAUUUUGAAUUAUCUGAUUCUAGGGUUUUUAAUUACCUGUUGAAUAGUUAUGUUAGAGCUAAUAAGGUCACUGAUGUUGUUGAGUAUUUUAGAGCCAUGUUGGAGCAUAGUGUGCUCCCUUGGCUUGUGAACAUUCUUUUGACCGCAAUGGUUAAGAGAAACAUGGCGGAUGAUGCGUGCCGUGUGUGUGAUGAAAUGGUUGAGAGAGGAAUUCAUGGCGAUCCCUAUACUGUGCAUGUUUUAAUGCGUGCGUGUUUGAAGGGAGGGAGAUUUAAGGAGGCUGAGAGGUAUUUUGGGAUGGCUGCGGGUAGAGGGUUGAAGCUUGAUGCGGCGGCGUAUAGUAUUGUUAUCCAGGCUGUUUGUAAGGGGUUGAAGGUGAGUUUGGCGUGUGAGUUGUUGAAGGAGAUGAGGGAGUUUGGGUUGGUGCCAUCUGAGGGUACAUAUGAAGCUGUGAUUGGUGUUUGUGUUAGGCAGGGGAAUUUCGCGGAGGCAUUGAGGCUCAAGGAUGAGAUGGUGACUGGUGGUGUGCCAGUGAAUGUAUUUGUUGCAGCGAGGUUGGUUGAAGGGUAUUGUAUGCAAGGGGAUGUGAGUAGUGCGUUGCGGUUGUUUGAUAAGGUUGUUGAGGCUGGUGUUGCUCCCAAUGUGGCUAUUUUCUCAGUUUUGAUAGAACGGUGCUCUAAGAUUGGGAAUGUGGAGAAAGCGAAUGAGCUUUACACCAGAAUGAAACUCAUGGGCCUUCAGCCAACUGUGUUUAUUGUAAAUUUUCUGUUGAAAGGAUUCCGAAAACAGAAUUUGCUAGAAAAUGCAUUUGUAUUGCUUGAUGAGGCAGUUGAAAAUGGAAUUGCUAGUGUUGUUACAUAUAACAUCCUUUUAUUGUGGCUCUGUGAAUUGGGCAAGGUUAGUGAGGCUUGUAAUUUGUGGGACAACAUGAUUGGUAAGGGUAUUACACCUUCGCUAGUUUCUUACAACCACAUGAUACUUGGUCACUGCAAACGGGGUUGCAUGGAAGAUGCACAAAAUGUCAUGAAUGGUAUUAUUAAAGGUGGUUUAAAACCGAAUGUCAUUACAUACACUAUUUUGAUGGAUGGAUUUUUUAAAAAGGGUGAUUGUGAGCACGCAUUUGGUGUGUUUGAUCAAAUGGUGGCUGCAGAUAUAGUGCCUACAGACUACACAUUUAACACCAUUAUAAAUGGAUUGUCUAAAAAUGGCCGGGUGUCUGAGACAAAGGAUAAGUUGAACACUUUUAUGAAGCAGGGUUUUAUUCCCACAUCUAUGACUUAUAAUAGCAUCAUAGAUGGAUUUGUCAAGGAAGGUGCAGUUGAUUUUGCAGAGUCUGCAUAUAGAGAGAUGUGCGAAAGUGGAAUUUCACCAAAUGUUGUCACCUAUACUUGUUUGGUUAAUGGAUUUUGCAAAAGUAAUAAGAUUGAUCUUGCUUUGAAAAUGCAUGAUGAUAUGAAAAAGAAGGGUUUGCAACUGGAUAUUACUGCAUAUAGUGCUCUCAUUGAUGGUUUCUGCAAAAUGCAAGACAUGGAAAAUGCAGGCAAAUUAUUCUCUGAGCUUUUGGAGAUUGGUUUGAAUCCAAACACAAUUGUUUAUAACAGCAUGAUUAGUGGCUUCCGAAAUUUGAAUAAUAUGGAAGCAACACUCAACUUGUACAAGGAGAUGAUUAAUAAUAAGAUUCCAUGUGACUUGCAAAUAUAUACCUCACUGAUUGGUGGACUUCUAAAAGAAGGGAAAUUAAAUUUUGCCAUAGAUCUUUACUUAGAUAUGCUUUCCAGGGGUAUUGUGCCUGAUAUGUUCAUGUACACUGUUUUGAUAAAUGGACUUUGUAACAAUGGACAACUAGAAAAUGCGGGCAAGAUUCUAAAGGAAAUGGAUGGGAAUAAUAUAACUCCUUCUGUUCUUCUUUAUAACACUUUAAUUGCUGGACAUUUUAAGGAGGGGAAUCUGCAAGAGGCUUUUAGACUGCAUGACGAGAUGCUUGACAAAGGUCUUGUGCCUGAUGACACUACAUACGAUAUUCUUGUAAAUGGAAAGUUGAAAAGAUCAUACGCUCCAGUUGGUGCUUAAUCCACACAAAAGGAUUCUGGGCAGCACACAUUCUACUAAUGAGUUUUUUGCAAACUGAGUCUUGCAGAAAGUAUUGAAUGGUUUGAAAUUGGUCUCAUCUUCCAUUGUUUGUCCUAAGGAUCUAGAAAUAUGGACAAAAUUUCCUUUGCAAUUUCAUCAUGAUUUCUAUUAAGGAAACCGUAGUUCUUUCAUAUAACCGAAGUGAGUUCUUUCGGUUAGACACUUUCUUUGGCCAAGAGCAUAAUAGUUCCAAUGGCCAGAUAUCCUGCAGAGAAUUUAGCAUUUUGCCAUUUUGGUAACAGGAAUUUCCAAUUGUUGCAGGUGGGAAGACAAUUUGGUGCUUAAUUUUAACUUUUUUAUUGGACAAGGAUGAAUAAUUGUCAACUUGUUUCCUUCCCACUAUUUAAUUGUCUUGGCAACGGAUAGGAGCUUUACUGCGAUUUUGUAGUUUAGGAUGGAAUGCUAUGAUGUGUUCAUGAUCCAUAAUAUUAGAUCAUUCUGUUUUAGCAUCUCAAUUUUUUUUUAUGCGACCUUGAGGUUGGAUACUUGAAUAAAGCCUUUUUGUUUCUUUAUAAAAAAUAAGAGGGGUGGGGGAAAAGGCAUUUAUCCAUCAAUACCUGAAUGGGCGUAGCUUUGAUCCUUUUUAAUGCAAUCCAAGCUGCUGUAAAUGAUCCAUUGAGACUGUUAGUCAGAGAAAUACUAAUUACUUCUUCUGAUAUUUA